UAUUUUGUUAGGAUUCAAAAAAUGCAUGUAUGAUCAACAUCUAGAAAAAAAGGAGGGGGGGGGGGAUUUUAAGCUUCAUAGUGAAGUUAAGUUUCAUUUUUCAAUGAAUUAUUGGGAAUCAUUUGAAUUUUUAUAAAUAGAAUAAAGCAAACCCAAUAAUACUAACUUGUCCACAAAAAUGAGGACAUCUGACACAUUUAUUUUCAAAGGAGAAUCGUAUGUGGUUACUUUCAGAAAUGGAAAAGACUACUCCUCGAUGACUUGAUCAUCAAUCUCAAUUUUUUUUCACUAGUUUGAUUAUGGAGACUAAAACCUUUCGGAUUAAUCUAAUACUGAAGAAAAUAUUGUUUUGUAGUUAUAAUUUAAUUGACGUACUAGAAAAUAUUGAAGUAAUUGAUCUUAAGUUUAAGAUAUGCCAUGCAAUAUGUGAACGACAUUGGCCAUGGCCUUAAACUCGGGAAUAUGUUAAUUUAUUUUGUAAAGAAACUUGCUCAUGGAUCAUUCAAGUUUUAUGUUCAGACAGGCUAAGUGACAGAACUUUAAUUUGUUAUAAUUUUUUGGUUGAUAUGAUAUAUAUAUAAGUUGAUUACUGGAGUGCUUUUUGAAAAUAGCAAAAUGAGUCUGAAUAGUUGGGAGAACACGCAUGAAUAAGUAUCAUGCUUCGAUUGGUGAGCUAUAUAAUUUUCCGGAUGUGACAAUUACUUAUGACCCAUGCAUUAUCUAUAAUUCAACUGUGUGAAUAUUAUCCUUUGUUUACUCAUUUUGUUUACCAUAUAUCUAUGCACACAACACACAUGUACGUACAUCAUCUGUUGUAGUAACACUUAAUUUCCGAAGCAGCAAUGUUUAUUGUUAAUAGAUUGUAUACGUUUAUCCACAUAUAUGUGAGUGCGUGUGACGUUUAGAAAAUCCAUGUAUAGAUUGUCUUGUAAUUAGGGAGCAAUUACACCGAAGAAUGGAUUAGUCACUUUCUAAUUUAAGUCGAUUUCAAAUUAAUUUGAGUCGCAAGACCUGCAUUUAGCUAAUAAAGAAAAUGAUAAAAAUUGACAAUUAAGUUUUAAUACUCCUCAUGUAGUAAGUUUUAAAUACGAAUGAAAUCAAUUGAAUAGUGUUAAUUUACUUUGCAAACUAUUUUAUUUAUGCCAUAAUCUUUGUAACUCGUUUACAUAAUAUUAGAAAAAUCGUAUUUUACACAUACAUACAUAUAGACAAUAUACACAAAACGUAUUUAUCAGAAUUUACAUGGAAAAUACACAUAAAUCAUUUACAUAGAUAAUUUGGUCGUGUGCUAAUUACGUGGCUAAGAAACUAGAAAAAAAAGAUCACGAGGUGUUAACCCUUUCUAGUUUCUAGGUACGUAUGAAGAUCUCCAAGGCAAAAUCUUAUGUUGUUGUUUGCACGUAUAAACGCAUAGUUUCAUCAGCUACGUAUAUACGUGUUUAGGAUAUAAUGAAUACACGUAAAUAUGUAGUUCCCCAAAGCAUAUUCUAAUCAUUUUUUUUUUUUUUUUUGAAAAAAGGCUUCAUAUUCUAAUCAUCUUUAUCGACUACUAAUAGAUACCAUGCGUAUGUGAUCGUUUUGGAUAAUAUUAUCGACAUGAUUUUAGUUGUAACUCAAUCAAUACAUGCAACAUGAUAUUAUCCAAGAUGUUUUAGUAUAUAUAUAUUUACAUUUUUUUACCAAAAAAAAAUAUUUUAGUAUAUAUAUGUAUAUAUGUAUACGUAAAAAUAUGGAGAUGUGGAACAAUAGAACAAAGCCACUAUCUGAUUCCUUUAAUGAAAUAUUAUCUGUUGCCUAAAAAAGAACAUGUAUGCAGAAUGGUCUAGUCGUCUAAUUGGCUUUUAAACUUUACAAAUCAAAAUUUAAAACCAGUUAAUAAUUAAGAUAAGAUAAUCUCUAAUUGUAUGUUAAAUAAUCGAUUAAGAACAUUAUCUUUUUCUCUUUCAAAUGACGUACGACGGCGCAUCACAUUUAAUGGUUUAGUGCAUAUACAGAUGGUAGUAGUAAAACAUACUCUAAUGAUCAAAAUAUAACUGUCAACAUAUGUAGAUUUGAUACAUAGUUGAUUAAAUAUAUUUUCAUCGGCAUUUAUUUAGUUAACUAUGUACGUACUCUCUUCCUAUCACUUUAAACGUGUUAAAAAAAUUAUUUUUGUUACAAAAUAAUUGAUGUUCUCACUAUUCUAAAUUUAAUUUGAUUUCAAAUUUUGUGAUUAAUUACAAAAUAGUAUUUUUUUACUUAUUGAUGAAUUAAUUUUUUUAAUGAUAUUUAUAUAACCAAAAUAAGUUGUAUAAAAUUUUGUAUUAUCUUAAUUCAUGUUUAAAAACCUUAAACAUCACUAUAAGUGAAACAAAUGAAGUAUAAGUGUAUAUCGUCUUGUGAAUAUUCAAAUCUUAACUAAAAGAUAUUUUAUGUAUCAUUUUAAGUGAAUUUUAAAGUUUUUCCAUAAAAAUUAAGAAAAUACAAAUUUCUAUGUAAUUUAUUUUGGUUAUAUAAAAAUUACAUUAAAUAAAACUAGUUCAACCACUAACAAAAAUAUAGUAUUUUAUAACUGGUCAGAAAUUUUAAAUAACAUUAAACUUUCUCUAUAUAUACAUAAAUUUUUGUUAUUAAUUAGCACUAUUUUUUUACCAAAAUGUAUACAUUAAUAUCAUACACACAUGACAAUACAAAAUAAAUAUUCAAUAAUUAUUUACAUGGUAACUAUCUUAAUCUCUAAAUAUAUUUGAAUUUGUUAGUUUUAUUGUUUUCGAUAUCAUUUUAUCAAAUCAAAUGGUACUGGUAUACAGAGAAUUAAAACCAAAUUUCAGUAUAUAGUCGACAAAAAUCAACUGCCUUGAAUUAGUUUAUACCAAUCACAGAAAUAAUAAACAAGUAAAUCGUAUAUAUGAAAGUUUUUGUUCAAUAUGACUUUUAUAUACUGUACAUAUUAAUAAAUUAGAUUCAUACCAACUAGGCAACAAUAACAAUAGCAUCGAUCCUAACUUCUUGUAGCUGCAACAUACAUCUGCGGUCUGUCUCAAACUACGAAACAAACAAUUUAGGUCUAUAUUUUAUUUCAACUUUCGUAUUAUUGUUAUAAUAAGUUCGUCAAUUUGAUCCACAAGUCCAUAUAUAAACAUUUCUUAUAAACUAGUGAGAUUAGCUUCUAAGAUAUCCAAUAUAUAUAAAAAUUGUAUAUCUAUACACAUACAGAUGCCUCAGAAUUAGUGGUGGUGGCCAUGACUUUGAGCAAUGUUGAAUGACAUCAUAUUCAUCAUACAUGUGCGACAUCAUUAUACCAACCUUAGAAAUAGGAAGGAUCAUACGUAUUAUAUAUGUAUAUCGCGUACGGAAUAUUUCCAAUAUUAUGUUUAUAUUUUUUAAAAUGUAUUUUAUAUUCUUAUACUAUUUACAUAUCAUUGAAAAACUAAAAGAUAAUACCUAUUUGACAGUAUUGGUUUACCUAAGAUAUUUGAAUUAUAUUUAGUGUAUGUAGAUCUGAUUUUUUUGUUUUACAUUUAAAAUUUUAGGUAAUUACCUUCUCCCCCAGUACAUGUGACUUUCUAAACCGAGCAGAGCAGCGAGCAACACAUACAAUACAUAAUAAUUCAUGAGCAUAAUAUAUGUACACAUUGUAGAUCAUAAACAUAAGAAACAAUAAGUUUAACAAAAAACAUCAGAAACAAAAAAACAAGAAAUAAAUCGUAAACUAAAAUAGAGAGAACUGACGCUUUCUCAAAUUCUAAUCGGCUUGUGUCACGUGGCCCAUUAAAUUCGUCGAAAGCGAAAGUGAUGACGUAAAAGUUGACGUCAGAGAUCCCUCAGCCAAUGGUGUGGCUCCUUCGCUUUGCAGUCUCGUCUUCGGGAGCGAAAGUCAACCUUCAUCCACAAAUUCCACAUACAUUUUAUAAACAUCCUUCCACAGGGUCCUCACGUAUAAGAAACUAAAUAAAAAUUAUAAAAUAUAUAGAUUUGGUUUAUUUAUUUUAAUCCCCGAUUUCGUUCCAUAUCUUUCGGUCCACAUUAUAUUAUUAUAAACCGUUUGCAAUAAGAAUUGUUAUUAUUAUCCAAUUUCCUUAAUAUAUGCUCCACAUGUGAUAAUAAACGCGUUUAAGUGAGAUAAUUACGGGUAAAGGAAACUGAGACAGUUUAAGGUAAAGACAAACAAAGAUUCGGACCUGGUACAUACUGUCAAAAUUCGUUUAGACUUUACUAACAUUUUCGAGACAAAUCAGUUAUACAAACCAAUUUAUAUAUAACAUUGUGAUUUUUUUUAAUAAUCACGAAAAAGAGUAUUCCUUAUAGAUGACAAUAACUUUUUUUUAGAAAUGGUUUACUUAGUAAAAAUUAAUUUGUCGUUGUUUAUAUAUCUGAUGUCACAUGUACUAUUCUACAUCAUUUUAAUAAAUGUCAAUGCUGAUUAAUAUAUUCGUACAUGUUUAACUUCGCCGGUCAAUAAAACGAACAAAUCAACGAAAUAUUUUACCACUAAACUAUAUUAAUAAUAUGAGCUAAGAAGAAAAAUAUGAAUAAAUUGGUAAAAAUGCUGGAAUCAAGUCGGCGGUUUGUUACAGCGUAUUGGCUAAGACGACUUUCCAAUUUAAUCUGAGUUGGCGAUGUGUAGAUUAUUACGUAACUCAUAUUUAAAAUUAUGUUUGUAUUUGUGUUAAUAUUCUCUAGAAGAUGACAGUCAGGAAAAAUUGAUGGAUUAUAAAUGAGUGCACAAAUUAUACGGCAAUAUGCAAUUAUUACUCCUUUUCCAAAAAAAUAAAUUACUGUUCGUGUUGUAACCGUAACUGAGUUCCAAGUUCAUGUUGACAGAAACAAAGAGUUCCAAGUUCAUUAUAAUGGUAUACGUAUCAGGUUAUAUGAAGCUCAAGUAAACGAGACCGAUCAUAGUAAAAAAUUGUCUAGAGUCUAGACUAGACUAUGCAAUAUUAAUAGCGAGUAAGACAUUUUACAGUUAAUCUAGUUGGAGAUUAAGUGUCAUAUUUCAAAAUUCUAUAGGAAAUUCCGGUUUGAGGGACCAAGUUUUUUUUGUUAUUUUCGAACAAUCACAAGAAAACGACGUAAUGAAAAUUUUCUUCAUUAUCAUAACCAAGAAAAGGUUGAUUUUUUUUUGUAAUCAAAUACUAGAAACGACAGAUUGUGACGAAGCCAUGAAUACUGAGUCAGCCUCCAUGGGCCAAAACAAAUUAAAUAACUAAGAACGUAGUAUUUAAAACAUUAAUAAAAUCAAAUGUAUGUGCAUUUUGUUUAAUAUUCAGUUUGUAAUUAAUCAACUUAUUAGUUUCGUAUUGAUUGUUUAGUUGAAUUGGUGGGGAGUAGUUCUUGCGGUAUAUUAGAGCAUCUCCAACCCAUUGCUAUUUUCACCUCUAUAAUAGUAUUUAGAGGUGAAAUUACUCCAACCCAUCUCUAUUUCUUCCUCUAUAAUAGAGAUCUCUAUUUUUUCCUCUAUUUAUAGAGGAAGAAAUAGCAUUCCUCUAAUUUUUUACUCUAUAUUUUAGAGAUUGCUAUUUUAGGGGAAUACAUUAGAGCAUAUCUCACCUCUAUUAUAGAGUUUCUCUAUUUUAGAGUUAAAAAUAGCAAAAUACAUUAGAGAUGGUCUUAGAAAAAAGUCAUACAACAAUUAAAUACAUCGUAGAAUACACAACCUCACUUUUGUUUUCCAUUUAGAUGAUAAAUACAUAUGACCUAAUUCAUGUUUUGUUUCUGACGUCGACAUAUAUGACCUAAUUAUAAUUUUACAAGAGCAGAGUAGUCCAGUAUAUUGAUAUUAAUCAGUUUGGAUUUAAGAUGCUAUAUUCUAUCCAAGUUUGCAAAACAUAUAUAUGCAAAUCUCAACUUUUUUUCUUUUUUUGCUAAAGUGCAAAUCUCAACUUCCAUAAGUUAUUUUUUUUUAAACUAUCUACUUCGAAAAGUUCAAAAGAAAAAUCUCAACUUCGUGGUUGGACGUCCCUUUUAUGAUAUUUUCAGUCAAUAACUUGACGACUUGACUAGUUGGUAAUUUCAUCAACUUAGGAAAAAAAAGGUUAGUCCCGACUUAUAAAAGGCAUGAAAUCUAACAUUAAUUUUAUUUGCUUAUUUUAAAUGAAAACUAGAACAAGUUAUUCUUUGUUUUGUGUGCUAUUCUGUAAGGGGUUUUUGUUUUUCAAACGUAUUAGAAUGAUAUGUUUACACCCAACGAACAACAUCAUGUUUUUUUUAAGAAUAAAGAACUAACAUUUAUAACUUUUUACAUUUCAAUCUAAUAUCUUUCACAAAUAUAAGCAUCUAGUUGAUUGAUUAAUUAUAUAUAGUCUUUCUUCGGCUUCACUAGAAAGGCUAAAGCGAACACCAUAUAAAAAUGCCACAGCUUUUUGAAGUAGAUGAAGCGGUGUUAAACAAGUCAAUAAUAAUCAAUUAACUAUAUAUAUAUAUUCUCUAAUAUACACGGAAACAAUUACUUUAUCCAUACAAGUAUAAUCUUCUCGACUUUAUUAAACGAUACAUUAAUGGAUACUUGUAUAAAGAAAUUUAAAAUUAAUAAAUAACUCGGUAAAUAACUAAAUACAAAAGAGGAGAUUGCUUAAGGCCUUUUUCUGGAGGACGUUAAACAAAUUAAUUAAAGACAAUCUUUAAUCAUGGUCCACACAAAAAAGUUACAACUUAUUAUAACCAGUUUUAGUGAAUUUAUUUUCCACACGUUUUUCUGUUUGAUACCAUUUAUUCUACAAGCUUUCUUUCCCACAGAUUCUUGGUUUCAAAACCAGCUGUCCCACAGGCAUUGCAAUAAUAAGCCUAUAACUAAGAAGAAACUAUUAAUCACAUUUAUGGAAAUUCAUAUGAAUAGGUUGAAAAAAUAAUUAGAAAGACUAUUAAUAAUAUGACUGAGAUUAAUAAUUUAUAAAAUAUAUAAAAACAAAUAAUGAUCGAAUUGUUGUCUAUGUGAAACUUGUUCAACAAUUCAGGAAGUUGCUUGGAGUCUACGGAUCUUUCAAAAUCACCAAAAAGAAGGAAAAGAUGAAGAAAGAAACAAUAAUAAUUCUUAUCUUUUAUUUAUUUACAAAGCUCCUCUAUUUCCUCUAUAUAAGCCACUUUUCCACUCUUUCAAUACUUUUAUUUCUCUGCCUUUAACUGCCCAAAAGAUUCUCCAGCUAGCUUUGUCAAAAUCAUUUUCUUUCUUCAUCUCCUUCUUGUGUUUAUCUCUCUCUCUCUCUCUCUCUCUCUAAAUCAUCUCAUCUAUUUUUCUUGAUCUCUUGUUCUUGAAUCUUUAAAUUAAAAAAGAGUGACAAAUACACAUAUAUAUUGUUACACUGUUAUAUAGUUAUGGCGGUUGUGGUAGAAUCAGGCGUGGUGUUGAAUCAUGGAGGUGAUGAGCUUGUGGAUUUACCACCUGGAUUCAGGUUUCAUCCAACAGAUGAAGAGAUCAUAUCAUCCUACCUCAAAGAGAAGGUUUUAGACAGCCGAUUCACGGCUGUGGCCAUGGGAGAAGCCGAUCUUAACAAGUGUGAGCCCUGGGAUUUGCCAAAGAGGGCAAAGAUGGGGGAGAAAGAGUUUUACUUCUUCUGUCAAAGGGACAGGAAGUACCCGACCGGUAUGAGGACGAACCGUGCAACCGAGUCCGGUUACUGGAAAGCGACCGGGAAGGACAAGGAGAUCUUCAAAGGCAAAGGUUGUCUCGUUGGCAUGAAGAAAACACUAGUGUUUUAUAGAGGAAGAGCUCCACGAGGUGAAAAGACUAAUUGGGUCAUGCAUGAGUAUCGUCUUGAAGGCAUAUAUUCUUACCACAAUCUCCCCAAAACCGCAAGGGACGACUGGGUCGUGUGUAGGGUUUUUCACAAGAACAAUCCUUCCACUACAACUCAGCAAAUGACGAGAAUACCCAUGGAAGAUCUCGCAAGAACGGAUUCUCUAGAAAACAUUGAUCAUUUCCUAGACUUCUCAUCUCUUCCUCCUCUCAUAGAUCCGAGUUUCACGGGUCAACCCAACUUCAAACCCAUCAACCCUCCAACCUACGACAUCUCAUCACCAAUCCAACCACAUCCAUUCAACUCUAGUUACCAACCAAUCUUUAACCACCAGGGCUUUGGUUCUGCUUCUGGUUCUGGUUCCGGCUCAACAUACAACAAUAACAACAAGGAGAUGGUCAAGAUGGAGCAGUCUCUUGUUAGUGUAUCUCAAGAGACAUGCCUAAGCUCAGAUGUCAAUGCGACCACGACCGCAGAGGUGUCUUCGGGUCCGGUAAUGAAGCAAGAGAUGAGUAUGAUGGGAAUGGUGAAUGGUAGCAAGUCUUACGAAGAUCUAUGUGACUUGAGGGGGAUCUUAUGGGACUACUGAAUAAUUUUACUUAGUUUGGGAGAAUUAUAGUUAUUUUAUUAUUUAAUUGUGGUGAAAGAGUAUAUUUGUUAGUAGUUAAUACAUAUACAUGUAGGAUUUACUAGGGGAUUUAUCCUUAUGUUCGCUUCAUUAUUAGUUGAUUGGUUAAUUAGGGGUUGUGAUUGUUUGGGAUUUUUAGUGCUAGGUAAUACAUAUCAAUGUACACUAUAUUAUACAUAUAAUUUCACAUAUAUAUAUAUAUAUUAUUUUCGUAGA